AUGAGCCCAGACACAAAGCUUAUCUUGAGCUUAGUCAACCGAAUCUCCGUCAAGCUUCCCAGUAACAGUGGUAAAAGCCUUGAUUCCCUUGAAAAUGAUAUCCUCGUCCAACAAACACAGUCAUCUUGGGAAAUAAACAUGCAUAAACCCAUAUUUCUAGUCACUACCCUUAUCGAACUCUCUAGAUUCCGACUUUCUACUAUUGCCAGCACAAUCGUCUCGGUCCUCGAAGUAGUUUCCAAGUCCGUGGCUGCUACUCCAGGAGAUGAUUAUAUUCCUAAUGACAUUUUACAAUCCCAACUCUUCCUCCUAAGAAUGCUUUCGGCUUGUAUGCAGCACCACUGGGAGUUUAUCCGCACAAAUAAAGACUCUCCGGCAGAUCUACCUACCUUACAGGACCCACCACCUCUCGAAGAUACCCUAGCAAAAUAUAUGAUCUCCAUAAUGUCUCGAUUUAUGCAUCAAAUGACAGUAAUGGAAGAACGCGAUCACGGCUCGGCUACCAAUAUCACUCGUACAGCGUAUUACAGUAUCUCUGGUCUCACAAGUCUGCCGACAGACAUAGUUGUUGAUAUUUACAAGGCAGCAAGCCGGGUUGUGUUUUACUUGAGUGCAAGUAACUGGUACAUAAUGCACUCAAAACUCCGCGCUCGUAUCUUAUACCUCACCACAACUUCUGAUGAAGCUCCAGACACAUCCGAUAUCCGUCUUCUUGAAUGCUGCGCAUUAAAUUCAAAACGACUGAGUAUGAUGUUCGAAGAGCUCCACCCCACAUUUACACGUCUAAAGAAAUCAGCUCAGCUUGCAAUUGCCGUAAUCUUACGGAGAGCCAUCUGGGGCUGGAUCGAGACCUAUCCAUCCGAAUUUAUCAACCUCUGUCGUAGCAAAAAGCGCUUAGAUGGCCGGCCUGAUAUUUUAUUUGAUAUAUGUAAUUCACUUGCAGACACUACUCGCAAAAAGGCUAUUCUUUGGCCACUUCAAACAAUACUACUUGCCCUUUGUCCGGAUCUUAUGAUUGCAUCGUCAGCUUCUGAAGGGCGGGGAUUUCUAGCUAAGAAGACUCUGUUCUUUAAUACACUGAAGAAGGCCAUCAAGGGCGGAAGAACUGCAGAAUUGGCAGCAAUUUGCUAUGUAGACAUUUGCAAGGCCGUCAACUACGUAUCAAAGGAGGAGACAUCAUCUUUCAAACACCUUGUUCCUGAGAUCGAAAAAGAACUCAAAGAAAAACUUUUCGACAUCGAUCAUCCAUUAAUGGCCGAUAAUUUGAUGAACAGCGUUGGUAUAAUCAUUGACCAUCGCUAUCUCUUAGCAGACACUCUUGUUGCCAUGUUUCGACUCAACUCCCGCAAAGCCAUGCAGACUCAUUUCCCCACAUGUCUAGAUGAACGGGCACCCACUCUAUUUAGACUCAGCUUGGUUAAAGCCUGUUUGGCCAUUGCGAUGCAAGAGAACCGAUUACCAUGGAACCCUUCUAUAUCUUCCCUAUACAGUAGUUUAUGUGAUCCUCUAAAACGACUUUUCUUGGAAACCACCAGAGCAGAUCCAACCAGAUCAGAAACCACUAGUCUCUCGAACCGCAGGCCUCCGACUGUUGGGGACAAGAAGGUCAAAAAAGACAAAGACAGUACUCACGAACGACUGGAAAUGAUGCUCGACAUGCUGCGUCUUUAUCAGGCAGAUCCAAACAUGGCAAUACGAGGUAACGCUGAAGACAAGACAGAACAGAACGCGGCGGUUAUGGUUGCAGUAACCAUGUGUUUGAGAGAACUCAACCAGGCUGUCAGAGACGCUGCUGCUGAGACAUUGUUCAAAUUACAUGCCCCGCAUUAUAUCCUUGAGUGGGGCGUGCCUGAAAGAUUUAUGGAAUCCUUUUGGAGUAUAUCUUCGCAAGUAAUACACACACUUGCUAAACAGAUGAUCGAUACCCGCGAAAGAGAGGACAGCUUAAAGAAACUGCUUGACCUUUUGAAAAAACUCUUGAUCUGCCGCAAUGAAUUUCUACGGAUCCACCAAGAUAUAGCAAUGCAAGGUGCAGAUGUUCGGGAUCGUCUUCAUGCAUCUAUAGCACUCGAAGUUUCUUUGCUGGUUCUUUUGUGCUCGGCAGAUACUGACAUUUGUUCCGCAGCAAUUGCAUGCUUUGGUCACAUCUGUAUUGAGGCACACAUUACCGACGGAAUGGAUGACCCUCAACAGACAUCACUUACUGUGGCUGAGAACCUCCCGAUAUAUAUCGAGUUAACGUCGAAUACCGGAAUCGUCACCGGUCGUAAAUCCCAACAAAAGCAGAUCCGUCGCUUACUUCGUAUGAUGUCCCACUACGCCCCUGGAAAUAUUUCUGCAUGGGAAGAGGCGUGGAAAAGAUGGAAAAACCUAACGCCGUCCAUACUUCGUCCUUCAGAAGAACCCAAGGAAGACAUGUCCGAAGUAACCCGCAAGACUACCCAAGCUUGGCACGACAAGCUGCGCAAUACACGCCAACAAAACACAAUAUCUAGUCGAUCCGAAAAUCUGGAGGAUGACAGGUCUUCAGAAUGGCAAAAUUAUGCAGGAUUCCUAGCAGCUUUGGGUGGGAUAUGUCUUAUGGGUGGAGCUUUGCCUUCAUCUGCUCAAUCGCCACGCCACCAUGAAGCUGACCCCAGAAGAUCAUCUACUCAGUCAGAGUCAGCUGCCAUGGCAGAUCGAUUUGUAAUGGACAUGGUCGAUCUACUGCUUUGCGAUAAUGUCAUCUUACGUGAAUGGGUAAAGGAGAUCCUCGGUACAGACCUCUCUCCGGCACUUUAUCCAAUGCUCUUUCGCCAUUUAGAAACUGUUUUAGCAAAGUGUUUUGGACCAGACGGUGACCCUACUUGCAGUCCUCGUUAUACGCUUUUUGUUGAACAAGCCAUUAGUGUACUAAAAUUUGUUCUCGAUCGAAUGGAGGAAUCUGCGGAUACGUUAUUUACUGUCGAUUUUAGUCAACUUAUCAGUCAAUACGCCAAAUACCUUAAUAAGCUUGGAAGUAGCCAGGCAGCUCUCAAGAUCAAAAUCAAGUUUUGUCAAUUGUGUGAAGUCUUGAUGGCAAAGAAAGAAAAGGUUACACUUCGUCAGGAAUUCAAGUUGAGAAACAAACUCCUGGAAAUUAUUGUCGAAUGGACGAGUGAUUUUUCAUUGAAAGUUGAUGUCAAUUCCCACUACUCUUCUUUUGAACAAGGCGAGAAACUUCACAGAGACUUAGAUUUAGCAUGUCUCAAAACGAUUGUAAAUUUGCUUCAUCAACUACCUCUUCAACCGUCUGAACCAGUUCAUGAAACAGGUGCCUCUCAAGUUAAGAGUAGAAUGUUUUACAAGUACUUUACAUUCUUUUUAAAGCUACUCAAUCGAUGCAGGAUAUCUGAAAACAAGGACAAUGCUACCUACCUUGGACCAUUGAAAGAAUAUACAAUCUUAGCAAUGUCAAAUUUGUUAAGUGCCAACGUAGAUGCCGGCUUAAAAUAUUCUCUAUCAAUGGGGUAUCACGAAGAUACAAGAAUGCGGACAGCGUUUAUGCAGGUUUUAACCAACAUAUUAAACCAAGGCACAGAAUUCGAAACUUUGGCUGAGACAGUUAUGACGGACCGCUAUGAAAAGAUUAUUGAUAUGCUUGUUGAGCCUGACCUUCAUAUCGCUAUGUCUCUUUGCAACGUAUGUCCUGCAACCGAUAUUGAUGAUGCAUCAAAUGCUCUAUUAGCAUGCUUUUCGUCACGAGGAAAUGCAAUGACCUUGUUAAAAGCUGUCAUUGACAAGGAAGUUCAAAAUACAGAGAACCACACGGAAUUAUUCAGAAGAACAAGUAUUGCUACACGCCUCUUGUCUGUAUUUGCAAAGACAUACGGAGCAGAAUAUGUCCAAUCCGUUCUUCAGCCUGUGUUUCAUGUGCUUUUAGACACACCUCGAGAAGAGCGAUCUUUCGAAUUGGAUCCAUCAAAGGUUGGUCCUGGAGAAGAUGUAUACCGUAAUAGGGAGAAUGUCAUUAGCGUUACGCAAUUAUUUCUUAAUGCCAUCUGCGCCUCCUCCAACGAAGCACCGCCUUCUUUUCGUGAGCUUUGUCACCACAUUCUUGUGUCUGUGCGUGAACGUUUUCCAGAAGCAAAAAACACUGCUGUUGGUGCAUUCAUAUUCUUGCGUUUUUUUUGUCCAGCAAUUGUUUCUCCUGAAUCCGAAGGGCUUAUAAAAGGGAGUCUUUCCAUUUCAAGAGAGAUGCGACGUGGGCAUUUGAUCGCAACAAAGGUUAUUCAAAACCUUGCGAAUAAUAUGUUAUUCGGAACAAAAGAAACAUACAUGAUUGUACUAAACGACUUUGUGACAAGUAACAUUUACAAUGUGACUAAAUUCUUACGUGAAAUCUCGGACAUUUCCCCUGGCGAAGAAUUUGAGGCUGAUAUACGACAGAUGGAAGAUAAAGACUAUGCACUAUUACAUCGUGUAUUAGCCGAUAACAUGGAGAGAAUGACACGCGAUGUUGCCACCAGACGCCAGAGAUUGUUUGCUGAUACAGAUACAUGGGCUGUGUGGAAGCGGAUGUUUGAUAAAUUCUCGAAUCUACUGGCCCAGCUUGGUCGUCCUCCAGAAAUCCAGAAGCAAGAAUUCAGUGGUCUACGAAGCUAUACAUUCGCGGCUGCAAACCAAGUGUACGCAGAGUUUAUGCGUCGAAACAGCCAUCGAAGUGUAGAUGCAAUCGCGACCAAAAACAUAUUUUAUGAAGGUGGCACUUCAAAGGUUGGGCGACCUGUGCUCUACAUAAUUGCUCGAAAUAUUUCAAAUGAUAGCAUCGAUUUUGAGCUGUUUAUUUACUACAUGUUACAGAAGAAAAAAAAACAGGUGUUGGAACGUACAGCCAACAAAGCGAUCGAGGUAGUUUUUGACUUAACUCUGUUUGGCCACGCAAACGAAAUACCGAAUCAAUGGAUCAGCCAGAUUCUACAGUUACUUCCAUCCGAUGUGUGCGAUAACGUAGCCACAUUUCAUAUCUACAACCCAAAUUCUCACUUGCGCAAGUAUAUCAAAAAGCUGCUACACCCUAUCACGCAUAAAGUCAGCAAACGCAUAAGCUUUGCAGUAACAUUGGCUGAGCUUUAUGAAAGCAUUCAUCCCUCAGAGGUCAGACUUCCGAAGUCAACCAUGACAUUGGACACCGAGCCAAGUGCUGUAUUUUAUCCUGUUAACCAUAUCUCUCAGUUCAAGACAAAUGUUCCAGUAACUGUGAAAGUUGGUGCUGAAUAUGUUCAAAUAAUGACAGGACGCAAACAAGAACUAUUGUAUGGUGUGAGUACAGUGACAAAUGAUGUAUACCGGAUAUCAGAGAUCGAAGAUAUUGUUCUUAGCCCUGGAAGAGGAGCAGAAGUUGCCAACGAAUUCUCAUUUAAAUACGACAAAGGAAGGCUCAUAGUUAUUCUUUCUACGAUCAAACGCGAAGCCAUCGUGAGCACUAUUCGACACAGUAAGCGCUGCUAUGAAAUGUCUAAGCCUAGCAAUAUUACCGAACGUACAAUACGACCUAGCGACGUACCUGGACGUCUCCUCAAUAUGGCACUUCUUAAUAUUGGCAGUGAAGACCCUAAUCUUCGUCUGGCUUCUUACAAUUUACUAUACGCUUUGAGUAAAACGUUUCACUUUGAUGUCGGAAAGCAAUUACUGGAUGCUCGAGAUCUUUGUCUUCCAGCUAAUAGUACGGCCUUUAUUGUUGGAAUUAGCGAAAAACUUGCCAUAUCAGAACCUAAUUUGACACUUGAAUUCUUGAACGAAUGUUUUGUUGGAUUCAACAAAUCGAACGAGCCAAUGAGAUAUCUUUGCCUUGAUUACAUGAUAGCAUGGCUUCCUAAUCUGGCCAUAUUUUCGCAUGGAAGCUCUGAUGACAACAACUCCGUAAAAACUAAAGAAGUGUUGCGCCUUUUGAUUGAUCUUACUGUAACGCGUGCGGAUAUGUAUAAACUCUUGCAAGCUAAAGUUUGGAAAACUAUUGGAAAAGUUGACGACGUUUUGAAUCUGGUACUUGACACAUUUGUCCAAUUCUCCAGCGAUCAUGGUGUUGGAUCUCCACAGGCUGAAUCUAUGGCAGACACUUUUGUGACCCUUUCGAAUGUUGCUGUUCGAGGCAAGGUCAUCUCACGCCUUCGAAAAGUCCUUCAGAGAACAUCUUUCCAACCAAUGCGAUCUCUAUCUGAACAUUAUACAUGGAAUGAAAUUGCUGUUCUCGUUCGCUUUAUAUUGAUGUUGUCGUUCAACAAUCGGGGACCUGUUAAGAGCUAUAUUCCAGAAAUGUUUCACAUCGUAUCUUUGGUAGUCAGUACGGGCCCGAUUUUAGUACGUGCGUCUGUACAUGGAUUAGUGGUUAAUAUGAUUCAAUCACUCUGCACAGCCAUGCCUCUCCCAGAAUCUAAUGUCAAGAAACUUCAAUUACUUCUGGCGGAAAUCUCAGACACAAAGUUUCGGCUUUUGUUUGGCCUGGCGAAACCACAUCUUAAUCCAUUCACUAUAAAUGACGAAACCUUGAGUGAUUCUUCUGAUCGAAUUCAACUUGGAUCCUUGGAAACUAUUGUAACAACACUUUUGGACGUACUACAAUAUGCCGCACCUUCAGCAGAUAUGGCUAACGUGUGGAGAGCUCGAUGGAUGAGUUUAGUUGCCAGUACUGCCUUUCAAUUUAAUCCUGCUAUUCAACCACGUGCUUUAGUAACUUUGGGCUGUAUAGCACGCGAAGAAGUAGAUGAUGAACUACUUUAUCAGCUUUUGGCAGCACUUCGUGGUGCCCUGGCAAUUUUCAAUGAAACUGAUCCUAGUCUUGUACUAAGUAUUAUUAUGUGCCUCAAGAACAUUGUUGAGAGCUUACCUCCAGAUUCACGGUACCUAUCUUCUCUCUUCUGGGUUGCUGUGUCACUGGUUCAGAUCAAUAAUGGCCCGACAUUCUCGAUGGCAGUCGAAUUGCUUUUGGCACUUUUACGUGCAUUGGAUGCCAACGAGUAUUUCUCUGGGGACGUUAUGGUAGACGUUUUGCUAGCUGCUCGAGUGCCAAUGCUGGAUGUGGCUCGGCGAUUGGAUCAGCUAUGUGGUGUCGAUUUUGAAUCUCACUUUUCAUUUGCUAUGAGCUGUGUAUUCAUGAGAGGACUGCAAUUUGCUAAUGCCAAGGAUACGAUUUAUCAUGCCCUUACUGUAUUUCUUGGGGUUGAAAACAAGCAUUCGUCAUUAGAGACUGAUGAAAUUGAUGCGAAUAUUCUGGGAUACUUUGCAGGACUCUUACCAAUGGCUAUUAAAAAUGAGUCAUUACGUGAUGUCCUUAAGCUAGCUGGUAUGGGCGAUCUUGACUUGGAGGUGUCAGACUCAAAUAUGGGUACAACGUAUCAUGGUAUAUUCGACAAGAUGGAUAUUCCAGACAAUACUACUGCUUUACUUUUGGUGUCUAUGCUGUCAACCCAACUUAAUAUGGCAGAUAACGAAUCAGAACGUUUGUUCUUGUAUGGACUGUUAGCAGAGGCUGCUGUUUCUAUGCCAGACGUCUUUGUAUCAGUCUAUGAUACCCUACUACCUAAGAUGAACCAGAUCCUGCUGAAUAAUAAUACUCAGCCUAUUAUUGAGUCCAUCAAGACUAUUCUUAUUAUUGCCUGCUCAGACCCUGUGUUCGGAGACAUGAAAAACAGGCGCACUCAAAAGACUCUCUUGGAGGAAAUCGGAUUUAGCUCGUUAGGGGAAGCUAAUUUUGGAGUAUCUACAGCAGAUGUUCUUCAGAAUGCUAUGCUUGCUAGUGAACUUAUAGAAAGAAUUAUAUCCUAAACAUAUCUUUUAAUGCCUUUACAUUGUAUUUUCGUAUUUAUUUGUGCUAUUUAAAAUGUAAUUUAUAUUUCAUAAAACUAAAUAUAUAUUUUAAAAUAUCUUUUUGCACCU